ACCGCAGACGGGCAGACCGCACCGACUCGAGGUCGAGAGUGUCCCUUUAGGUUUGUGCUUUUCCAAUGCUUUUCAUUCUGCUUUCACGGAUUCUACUCGCAAAAUUCUUAUUCAAAUACCGUGCCUCUCACAUUUCAUUUCCUGAUUCCUUGUGCGUCACGGUGUCACGUUCUUAUGAUUUUCCAUUCCGAAUCCUUGGGCUGUCAACCGAACUCCCAACUGGAUGAAUCGGCCCAGUCGUUUAUGUACAAGUAGAGAGUCAAUUCUGUGUUAAUCAAAUAGUUCAUCUGAAAUGACUAACGAGCACACGGUUAUGUUUUCCAAGAACUACUAAACUGUGCAUCGCCAAUUUAGGUUGUGGAACCCCAGUACUCGUAAUACCCAGAUCACUCAGUAUUCUCGUUGAUCCGACAAAUGUCCCAAAAUUUACUUCAUCUCCUGAAAUUUUUCUGAUUCGUAAUAUUCUGCGUCUCCUCUCUUUUCACCAUCCUGUAAGGGUUUUGAUUUCAAAGUGUUCUGUUCUUUUAUUUCACAACCGGCCACCCCAUCGAUCUAAAAUUUCUGUGUGCCUACGUCUCUGGCAGGGAUGCAACAAUCAGCGCCUGUUCUACCAAUUUUUUUUCAUGAAUUGGAAAAAUUAUCAGGAUGACUUUCAGAUUAAAGUUACCCAUUUUGCUGAGUAAGCCGUCUCCCUAUAUUUUGGCAGUGCUAUUCGUGCCAGCCACAUCUCUGGAUAACACAUUGAUGCAGUGAAGUGCUGGUGAUUAUUACCUCUUCAUAUACCUGUCAUCGUCAAUGGAUUAACUUUCGCCCAGUUCCCUCCUUGUCAACAUCUGCGUGGUUCUACAGAGGUAUAAGGGGUCGGAAAGAUGGUGCUGUUCCUGAACGGUGUAGUACAGGAAGAGGCUCCCGCGGACAUCAAGAUGUUCUACAUAAACCACCCGGUGUAUCGAGAGUCGGCGACGCAGCUACACUCUGUGCCGCCAAAAGUGGUGGGUCCUGGCCCCGUUGGACUCCUAUGCGUCCGGCAGCGUGAGAUGGCCAUCACAGUUCCCCAUGACAAACACGUUACAAUCCUUGCUGGAGAUAAUGUCACAACCUGUAUACUUGUAUUUUUGAGGCAUCCUGGCUCAGGUGCCACUGGUUUGAUGCACUACGAUGGAAGCGGAACAGAUGAAGGUGUGAUGUCCAUGAUCGCCAGAGUCCAGGAGCUGUCUUAUGGUUAUCCAGAAGGAAGAUUAGAGUUGUCUCUCAUUGGUGCCUAUUCCUCUCACAAUUAUUCUGUUGAGUUGUUUUAUAGUUUAAUGGUUGCAUUCCAUAAACAAGCGGUAGAGAUAGAUUUAGUGCUAGCUGUCGUUGGUGAGCUAAACACGAUUGUUCGGAAUGGCACUCAUUGGCCUAUUUUAUAUGGAGCUGGUAUGAACGUGAAAACAGGUGAGAUCUUUCCUGCCACAAUUCCUGACAAGGGCCCGGACAUAGCACUAAGAGGAGCCAGAGUAUUAACUGAUGCAGGCCAGCAGAUUUUAGAUGUUUAUGAUUGUUCAGUGGGUCUUAUGCGCAUUGGACCAUUUAAUUACAAUCCUCUCAGAGGUGUUGACCUUUGGUUAGAGCAGUCAGACGAAUUUAUUCUCCAACAUUUGUCAACAACUCCGGAUAUAGAGCCCCCUCAUUUUGUUUCAAUGGUGCGAGCAAUGCUGAAGUACAUUCGAGACCAUCCAUUUCCAGCAGUGACUGUGUUCCGGGAUAAUAGGCCUCAUUAUUACCGCAGGGAUGAACAUACCGGAGCUUGGAUACCCCUUGGUUACUAGCCUUUUUACGUUCUUCAAACUAUAAUUUGCGCCGAUGUUCAUAAUUAGGUUGGUACAAACAUGUUAGCCUUGAAAUGAUUCCUAGAAAGAAUCUGGACUCAAUUAAAGUUGAUACUUCAGUUGUUUAUUAGACUCAUGUUAGACAUGUCUGAUAUAUAUUUAGGUAUCUUAUAGUACCUAACUGAUCGCCACUCAUUUCAGCCCUGAGCAAUUCUCUUAAAAAAGCCUUGGAUCAUAUGAUACUUCAUGUGUCAGAAUUAUCAUUUUCAUUCAAGAAGUCCUACAUACCUCCUUCGAAAGUUUUUGGAUUUCUGGACCUCUUGGAUUUUUUCAGAACUUAGUUGAAUCAAACACAAUCCUAUUCUAAUUCGAGAGCAGAACAGAUAAUGAUCAAAAGUUACCUCCCAAAUUUAAUGCCUCAUUGUACACACCCCUUGCUUCCAAUAAGUCAUCAACGUAAAUGAAAGUAUGUUGUAUUGUAUUUUAAGGCUCACACACAUAUAUUAUUGAUGGUACAUUACAUUAUUUUAAUAAUGUCUUUACGUUUUAAGUUCAGUCAAUUUUAAAUUUUGAAUCAGAAAGAAAUAUUGUGUAAUUUUAUCAAGAACAACUUGUCAAUUUGUGUCCCUGUAAAUUAUUGCAAUGAGACACUUGCAUGUAACAGGAAUUCGUAAGCUUAGAUAUAGAUUCAAUGCCAGAAAGGUGACGAAUCUGAGAUGUGUGAUUUUAUGAGGUCAAAGAGCGCUCAGCACUUUUUUUCGAAAACCUAGAUAAAGGCUAAUUAUUGAUAAAUUAAGAAUGAAUGAAAAUAUAUAAUUUCUGUUCAAUGCCCAAGGUUUGAGCUUGAAAUUUUUGAUCAAUAAUUUUCUAUAAAUACAAGGUCGUAUGUACCGUGUUCUUGUGUUAAUUGAAUGAGUAGUCAUAAUUUAUUUAAGAAAAUGCUCAUUUUUCUUAAACAAAGCCCUAAGCGAGUAUUAUUAAAUCUACAACAAUCAAAGCAGGGAAAAAAUUUUGGAGCGUGCACGAAUAUGCAGAAUCACUUCCCUUAUGAGUCAGUUGUGCCUCUCUAAGAAUUAAGUUUUGAUUUUUUUGAGCUUAUAGAUUUGCAAAAAAUAAUCAAGAUCUUUUCAAAUGUCAAGUUUCUUUGCCGAAUAACGGAGGUAUUGCUUAUCGAAAUACACAGCGUUUGACAUCAUCCACUGCCAGUGCUGCACAUUAUGGAUUUUUCCACCUUAGUAACAUCUAUGCUUAUUAUGUCAAGCUAACUAGUGCAAAUGUGUAUAUGAUUGAUGAUGCCAAGGUGGCAAAAACGAUGGUAGGCACUACUGUGGUGGGGUUGGCAUCAUCUGUAGUGUAUUUUGAUGGGUGACGACCGUGACGGUUCUGUUUGCAUUGGACGUAGAAACUUGGUGUUUGAAUGGACCUUAUAAUUUUUUUCUAACUGAACUUAGACCACCGAAAUUCGAUUCUGUGACAAGCACAACUGACCCAUUGUUACUAAACUUAGCCACUUUCAUUUCAAUUUUCUUUGUCACGAAUAUAAUCUCUUUUAUUAAUCUUUUAAUUUAAAAAACCAAAGAAUUUUCAUGCAAGUGCCUUAUUCUUCUUUGCUUUUUUGACUACUCAUAGGUUUGUUUGUUUUUUUUUUUUUUUUUUUUUUUUUUUUUUUACAAUGAAUGAUUUUAAUAGCCUUCCAAAGAAGAUGCGUAAUUUUUCAGGCUUUCAGAUAUUCUCUGCGUGGUUUUAUGUCUGUUAACCAAGUUCUGGUGAGUGGUAUGAGUUUUCUUAGAGGCUUUUUCAUAGACAUAGUCCAUAUUGCAUCAUUCCUAUUUUAAGCUCUCUUGCCAUAAUUUUGGCUGUGAUAUCUUUGUUAAUCAAACAAUCAUGUCUUAUACUGUAUGCUUUUUUAUCUUUUUUUUAAUGCGCCCCUUUUUGCGCAAUUUUGCAGCAAUUUGUUCAGUUUCAAUGUGCAAACUGCCUCAAUUAUGCUGCUAUAGUUUGCAUUACUCAUUGUUAUCUAUUUUCUUCUUCUUUUAUCCUUUGCAAGGUUGAUUUCUCGCAUAUUUUUCAAUGUAUUAUAUCACUUUUUUCUGAGAAAUUGCACGUUUGCACCGAAUCUAGCUUUGGAGAGGAAGAUUUUUGCUCUAUCAGUAGCUGACAUUAAGUUAUUUUUUUAUUGUUUUUGAUUGCCUAUUACCAUGGUUUGGAUAACUAUGAAUUAAAAUAUCCAAGAAAAUGGUAUCUGUUCGAGUUCGAAAGCUACACCAUGCGUGCCAAAAGCUUGUGAUGAGCCAAUAGAAUUAUCCACUCUCUUGAUAAGAUUCUAUGAUAGCAAUAAUUUCUGAAAUGAAAUAGCAGCAUUGUUGAAGAAAGGACCAGUGUGUAUUUAGGAAUUAUUAUGACAGGUAAUAUUCACUUUUGUCUUCCUGAAGAACCCAGAACAGUGACCAAAUUCGAAGGGGGACAGAGUUCCCAUCCAUGAGCACCUGUGAUGUCCAAAGGUGCCUUUUAGUCUUUAAAGUGGUGAAAUAAUAAGUAGACUUGUCAGCCUCUGUUAUGUGUUGGUCAAGGCAGUUCGCUGCCAACCCUGAGGUCCGAGGUUCAAUCCCCGGAGGUGACAGAUAUUUGAGGACACUCCAAUUUCAGUCAUCGUGACCGUGGAUGACUAUGCCACUCCAAAACCCUGACCCUUCAAGGUAACAGGGUGCGGGAGAGACAUAGUCACCCAGUAAGUAAUCCGUCUGCACUGGGUUGGGAAGAAAUCGGUGAUCACUCGUGAUGUGCGCGACUGCCAGCGUUACUUAUCAGUGGGGAUUGCAACAACACAGUACAACUCAGUGGAGGCAUGUCCGUGCUCCAAAAAUCCGUGCUCUGCAGCGUCUGCCACAGUCUUUGAUAAGACCUAUCGUUGGCUAUCAGACGGUCGCUGAGCCUCGCGGGAAUAUAGAGGUUACACAAUGCGUCAGUAGUAUGAAGUUAAGCAGUACGGUCCAACUUCAGGGUGCAAGACAGCAGUAGCCAGUUGCCUUGGCCCCUUGAGGGUGCCUCGCCAGUAAGCCCGGCCCUUACUUACUUACCUACUUAACAAGUAGACCUAAAUUUUUUUGAGGAAAAAAAUACAAAGUGUCAUACUUUACUUACCUAAGCGUUUUGUAGAAAAUGCAAUGGCGUUGAAUCAGCCUUCUUUUUCAAGCCCUUCACCUCAAUUUAGGGCUAGUUUAACUCAGAGGCAAGUCCUCUAGUUUUGCUUCGAUAUGGUUCUAACCAGAAGUUAUGUUUCACUUUUUCUGUGCAUCAGAAUUCAUUGCAAUCUAUUAUGAUUCUGCAAGUAAUUUUCUAAUUAAAUCUUUUGUUUUUUCACUACUUGGCUUAGGUAGCACCUCUCAAUAGACACAAUUCAAAAAAAGCCAAAUAAUAUAUGCUGCCAACUGAACUUGGUCCCAACCUCAGUAGGCCCAAGUAGGAAAAAAAACUGCAUUUAACUAGCAUCCCAGGGCAUUUAGGUAACAUUGCAUUGAACGCAGCCUGUGAACCCCAUAUUAGUGUUUUAAGCAGUAAUAAUAGGCAGGCUUCAUCAUGCAGUGUGUUAUGUAUAGUUUUCUGGAGGCCUUUUUCUCUCUCUCAUAUUUUAGAGGCCAGUAUCUCAGAUUAUCUCCACUUUUUUCAAUUUGAGUAUUGCAUCAUAGAGAGUAAAAUUGAAGACAAUGUAUACUUAAGUGGGACUUCUCCCUUUAAAAUUCAAGACUUGCUUCGGUGAUUUACUUGUUCAUUUUUAGAAAUGUAAUUAUUUUAAGAUGCAGUCCUUAGGGAGGCUUGGGGUUUUCCUUUUUUUCAAAGCCAAAAAUUAGUGGUAAAAAAACAGUGCUCCUAACAGUGUUCGAAACUCACAUUGGAGUUUCAAGAGCUAUGUGGCGCAUCAAGGUCGAUUUUUAGGGGCCAUUGAAGAUUUUGUAGGGGCUAAUUGACUUUUUCCUAUGGAUCACGGCGCAUUUAGUGACAAGUUAGACGCAAGAUGUUUUAGUUACAGUACUAGUAGCUGUUACCAGGGGGAAAUUUCGAAAGAUCAUCUAACAUAAUAACAAUGAUUUUUUUUUUUUGGGAGGGGGGGGCAACUUUUAGGGGGCACGAUGGCGCAGAGCCGUCAUUUUUUAGGCGCGUUGACACCUGUGAGUUUCGAACACUGGCUCCUAACCAUCCUGACAAAGAACCUUUUUUUAUAUUGAAAGGAUGGGAUCUUAAACCUGACUCGAUUGGCAACCGCACAAGAAAAUUUUUAAAAAAAUUAAUAAAAACUUACUCGCAAGGUUAAAAUGCAGACAAGCUUAAGGGUCAGGCCCAUCUUCAGUUCGACUCCAAUUUAUCACUUAAAAACCUGAAAGAAGGUUCUUCUUCAAGACAGUUGGAAACACGUUUUUUACUACCCAUUUUCGAAUUUUGAAAGAGAGCAAGUAUUGAGGUACCCUUGCAGUAUGACUUGUCCAACAAAAGGACUCCCGUUCGUCUGAUUUUAAAAACACAAGUUGUAGUAAAUGGAUACCUGAUACCGUAAACUGUCAUCAACUUUCCAUCCCUUUCAAUCCUUUUUCAAAACGAUAAUAAUCAACUCAGAGGCCUACUAGGUAAGUAUGUUUCAUCAGUGGUACGAUUUGACAUGAUGGGAAAGUUUCAAAAAUUGUCUAAUCAUAUGUAUGUCCCUACUAAAAGACAGUGAUUUCUCUUAUUCUACCUUAUUACGUACAUUCCUCCAUUUGCUUUCUGCCAGAUGAUGGUCGUUCAGUCACUCUUAACAAUUUUUGCUCAAUUUAGAUAAAUGACUAGGUACAUUUUAAUUAUAUUGUACAUUCUUAUUUUAUACAAAUGCACUCCUCUGCUCCAAAUCUUGUUAAUGUUGUUGAAAACAUGAGCCUUUUGUCAAAAUUUUGUUAAGAUAACAAUUCUCAGUGUCAGCAUGGGAACUGUAUGGAAAUCUCAAGGUUGGUCCCUCCAAAUAAGAAGGAACAAUGUAUCUUACAUGUUGUUUUUACCUUUACUGUAUUUCUUUAUUUGUUUUUUAACUGUUCACAUUUUCAUCAAUCUGGCGAUGAUUCUAUAGCUUCCUUUAUAGUUGGUCGCUGAUCUAGAAUAACAACCAGUUUUGACAUCAUUUAAUUUUAUUCCCUCUUCUUUUAUUUCAGUAAAAUUUCUUGUUUAGAUUUCCAACAGGAUAUUCAAUAUAUUGUUUAUGAUUCUUUUUAUUAAGUAUCAAGGAAUGAUGAGUCAAUCAGCUAACUCAAAAUCGAACAGAUGUUAUGCUGUUAAGUUUAUCAAAUUAUUUUUUUAGAAAUUGUUACGUUUUAUAUUUAUUUAUAUUAUUUAUAUAUUACAUUGACAUUGACAUUGUAAAAAUAGGUAGGCUUAAUUUCUUUACAAUUAAAAGUUAUAUUUUAUCUAAA